ACAAGCAAACACAAAAUUCUCCCAAUAGAAGAACUCUUUUCUUUCUUUUCUUCUCUUUUUGUUGUAAAACACAGCAAAGAAAAAAAUAAUGGCUUCAUCACAAGCCGCUCUUCUUCUCCAAAAACAACUCAAAGACCUAAACCGUCAUCCUGUUGACGGUUUCUCAGCCGGUUUAAUCGACGAAAACAACGUUUUCGAAUGGAGUAUAACAAUCAUCGGUCCACCAGAAACACUCUUUGAUGGCGGAUUCUUUAACGCCACCAUGUCAUUCCCUCAAGACUACCCUAACAACCCUCCAACCGUUAAAUUCACAACAGAGAUAUGGCACCCUAAUGUUUAUGAGGAUGGUAGGGUUUGCAUAUCGAUUCUUCAUCCACCCGGUGAUGAUCCGAAUUUUUAUGAGCUUGCAAGUGAGAGAUGGACACCGGUACAUACGGUGGAGAGUAUUAUGUUGAGUAUAAUAUCAAUGCUUACGAGUCCGAAUGAUGAGUCACCGGCGAAUGUUGAUGCUGCUAAAGAAUGGAGGGAUAAUAGGGCUGAGUUUGUGAAGAAGGUGAAACGUUGUGUGAGGAGGUCACAAGAGAUGUUGUGAGGAAAAAACCCUACUUGCCUUGCAUGCAAAAGGAAAAUAGAAAAAGAUAAAUAUUUAUUCACUUAUUGUUUUUUGGUUUUUAGAAGUAUUAUGAUUUUUUGGUAUUAGAACUUUUGAUAAGUUGAUGAUUAAAAGCUUAGAGUUUUGACAAAUUGGAUGCAUUAUGGUUUGGUUAA